GGCGGGGGAGGCGGCGCGCGCAGCCGCGGCAGCGCCUCUGAGGAGCCGCCGAGAGCCCCCGGGGGGACGGACCGGGAAGGGCCCGGGCGGAAAGAGAGAGAAAACCGGGGCCAAUCGAGCCGAGCGGAGCCGGGGAACACCGAGGGGUUAUGAGGGCGGGCGCCGCCGCCGCUUCCCCGUGAGGAGCCGCGGGCGCGGGGAGCGCGCGAGGCCGCCCCGCCACAGGAAGCCAUUUUGUGGGCCCCCUCCUCCUCCUCCUCCUCCUCCUCCUCGCUCUCGUCCUCUUCUUCCUCCUCCUCGUCCUCCGCCGUCGCCGCCGCCCUCGGGAGCGGCCGGGCCCGGUGAAGGAGGCGGCGAGGAGGGGCGGCGGCGGCCGCCGCGCCCUCCCCCAUGGCGAAGAAAACCUACGACCUGCUCUUCAAGCUGCUGCUCAUCGGGGACUCGGGGGUCGGCAAGACCUGCGUCCUCUUCCGCUUCUCCGACGAUGCCUUCAACACCACCUUCAUCUCCACCAUUGGGAUAGACUUCAAGAUUAAAACUGUUGAAUUGCAAGGAAAGAAGAUCAAGCUACAGAUCUGGGACACGGCGGGGCAGGAGCGCUUCCACACCAUCACCACCUCCUACUACCGAGGGGCCAUGGGCAUCAUGCUGGUGUACGACAUCACCAACGCCAAGAGCUUCGAGAACAUCAGCAAGUGGCUCAGGAACAUCGAUGAGCACGCCAACGAGGAUGUGGAGAGGAUGCUGUUAGGAAACAAGUGCGACAUGGAGGAUAAAAGAGUUGUCCCUAAAGCAAAAGGUGAACAGAUUGCCAGGGAGCACGGUAUUAGGUUUUUUGAAACUAGUGCAAAAGCAAAUAUAAACAUUGAGAAGGCAUUCCUCACAUUAGCAGAAGACAUUCUUCGAAAGACCCCUGUAAAAGAGCCCAACAGUGAAAAUGUAGAUAUCAGCAGUGGCGGUGGGGUGACGGGCUGGAAGAGCAAGUGCUGCUGAACCUUCUCCUCUCUCACCAAUCGCCAUCCACCGCCCCUUUUUUCUCGCUGCAAAACAAACCACUCUGCCCGUUUUUUAACCUGAAACCAAUGUUUUUGUUCCUCAUCUUAACGAGCUCCUGCCUCCCCUUGGUUUUCCGGCUAGGACAGCUUUGCCUACUCCAGUUUUCUCAACACAUGUAUAGGAAAUUCAUCUCCGUGACUUCAUUUCCAUGUCCCCGCUCAACUCGCCACUACGUUUGGGUUGUAUUAUAGUCCCGUCCCUCCUGCCAUUAAACCCCAGAGCAAUCAUACUCAACUCUCUUCUGCAAAUUGUAUAAGAAUAAAGGUUAGAAUUAACAAUUGAUUUUGUACAACAGUGGAAUUUUCUGUCAUGGAUAAUGUGCUUGAGUCACCAUAUUCUCUAGAUGCAUCAGGCAAGAGCCAAGAAAAACUCAUUUUCGCCUUGAGUCCGUGAGUGGGGUUUCUUUGUCCUGUGCCUUAUGUGGAAAAAGGAACUUUUAUUUUCACUUUCUUUUCUCUUUUCUGGUGGAAGCAUGUGCAGGAGACAUCCCAUCCCCCGUGCCAUUGAGUCCCCACCUCUGUAGUGGUUGCUUUCUGUAACGUUGGUGUCAUGCAUCGAGGACAAAGGGUGGUGCAAAACAAAAGCAAACUCCAUGUAACCUGCUGUGUCUCCUCUUGCCAAUCCCGCCCUUCCCAACUCUUCCUGCUGCCAUUUUUUCCUCACUUUGCCUCUCUUUCCUUUCUUUUUUUUUUUUUGGUUGUUUUGUUUUGGUUUUUUUUUCUUUUCUUUUGCCUGCAUGCUGCUUUGAUUUGCAUUUCUCCAUGGUGUGAUGUGUUAAUGGAAAGGAUGGCAACGCGGUGUGUUUGCCAAAAAUUUAAUACAAAGCACUGAUUUAGCUUCCGAGGUAAAAAUGUUGAGAUUCCUCCUAACCCCCCUAGGCCUGUCCGUCACUAGUGGUCCCCUCCUCCCUCCCUCAUAGCCCCGGCCUUUCCCCCAUAUGGAAGAGUUAUUUGCAUGCACUAGUUUCUAUGGAGGGUGAUGUGGUUGUCUACUUUCUGUGUAUGAAUAUAACCUGGAUUCCCAAACUGACAGCAGUUCAUUAACACGAUCCCAGCUCCUUCCCCGCCGGCCGCUCCGAGGGCUGCAGGGCCGGGCCAAGGCUGAGAGGGACUGGAUGGAAAAAGGAAAGGAAAGGAAAGAAACCAGCCGGCGGGCAGUUUAAUUUAUUACCUCCCUGGAAACUUUCCGCUUGCCGGUGUCUGCAGCCGCGCUGGGCCAGCCCUGCUCCGGAUCCCGGUGGGUGAUUCCAGCCGGGCUGAUCCCGGGAUGGAGCGGCGAUCCCUGCCGGGAUGAUCCCGGGAUGGAGCGGCGAUCCCUGCCGGGAUGGAGCGGUGAUCCCUGUCGGGCUCAUCCCGGGAUGGAGCGGUGAUCCCAGCCGGGCUCAUCCCGGGAUGGAGCGGUGAUCCCUGGCCGGGAUGAUCCCGGGAUGGAGCGGGGAUCCCGGCCGGGAUGAUCCCGGGAUGGAGCGGGGAAUCCCUGCCGGGAUGAUCCCGGGAUGGAGCGGUGAUCCCGGCCUGGCUCAUCCCGGGAUGGAGCGGCGAUCCCGGCCUGGCUCCUCCCGGGAUGGAGCGGUGAUCCCGGCCUGGCUCAUCCCGGGAUGGAGUGAUGAUCCCGGCCGGGCUGAUCCCGGGAUGGAGCGGUGAUCCCUCCCGGGAUGGAGCGGUGAUCCCGGCCGGGAUGAUCCCGGGAUGGAGCGGUGAUCCCUGCCGGGAUGAUCCCGGGAUGGAGCGGUGAUCCCUGCCGGGCUCAUCCCGGGAUGGAGCGGCCGUUCCAGCGCUCCCAGCCGCUCCUGCCGCUGUCCCCGGCCGUGCUGGCCCUGUCCUGCCGCUGUCCCCGGCCGUGCUGGCCCUGUCCUGCCGCUGUCCCCGGCCGUGCUGGCCCUGUCCUGCCGCUGUCCCCGGCCCCGGGCCCGGUCCCGGCGCUGUCCCGGGACUGUCCCCGCUCCGCCCCGGCUGCAGUCGCCAACGCUGAGUGAAUUUGAAUGAAAUGACGGUGUUUGAACCCGGAGCUCCCGGGCGGGGACUCCCCGAGGUGUGUCCCUGUCCCUCUGUAUUCGGCAUUUUGUCCCCGAGCGUGUUAACCCUUUCCAGGCGAGCGGCUGCUGAGCUCGGGCUCAGCCUUGUACAGAGUCCGGCCGCUUUCAGCUAAAUCUGCACUUUCUAACGUGAUCAAAAAGGGAAAAAAAAGUACGGCGAAAUCUACACCAAGGGGGAUUUUCAUGUACAAUCCUUGUUUUAAACGUGAGCUUUUUUUCUCUUCUGUCCGAGCUCAGCUGCCCCCGCGGGCUCAGGCGGGGCGGCACCGGGAGGAGGGAGCAGCACGCUGCUGAAACAGAUAAAAACCCCCUAAAAAUAAUAAUAACAUGAAUAAUAAUGAUUAUAUCGGAGGAGUUUGCAGUAACCUGAUGUCUGCUGGUAUCUCAGCUCCCUGCUAGUUCCGAACUAACCUUGUGAAGCCUCUGCUUGGAAGCCCGGCCCAGCCCUGUGGAGUAGAGAAGGGGUCAGCAGCCCCUCCGUGCCCCCGGCCCCGCCCGCGGAGGGAGCUCAGCGCUGCCCUUUUCUCACCAAAAAAGCGUUAAACGAUGAAAUUGGUCCUGCUAAACCAAACCCGAGCUUGGCUCUGUCCCACGGCCGUGUCACACGCCGGGCUCGCCCUCGGACUCGGACGGUGGAAAAAAAAAAAACAGCAUCAAGGUCUCGGAUUAAUUCCCAUGCCGACAAUUUUUUACUUAAUCUUUUAAUAUUUUUGCUACUCCACUCUGGCUUUUUAUUUAAAACACAUUCUUUUGUACCACUUACUGUAUCAAAUUGUAUAAAAGAUCACUGUCCCAUUCUUGGUCGUACCAAGAGCAAAUAAAAGCUUUUAUAAACUUGCA